UAUUUAUUAAAUUAUUUCAGAAUUCUUCACAAACACCCCAAAACCUUUCUUUAGUGCUUAUGUUUGCCCCACGACUUCUCAUUUUUGGUUCAAUGUUAUACCCCAGUAUUGCCCACACAAAAGCAACAAUUAACAGCAGACUUGGCCAUUCAAAAACCUCUAGCCAGUCCAGUAAUGACCAAAACUAUCGAAUUGAGUCAAACCCCUCCUCGUUGUGA